UCCUUCAGCAUCUUCAGGUGUUCAUCAAAUCAGGCAAGACCAACCGUGGGUCCCACCAGGAUGUCUCCGAAAAUCUCCUCCUGGCUGCUGCUCCGUUUGGCCGUCCUUCUGGCUGUUCUUCUGCUGCAGUCCAGCGAAGGGGCCAGAUACCGGGAUUUCGCACGGAAGCACAUUGAUCAUCCUCAGACCCAGGCAGCCAACGCCAACGCCUACUGCAAUCUCAUGAUGCAGCGGAGAGGCAUGAUGAGACGCACCUGCAAACGCACCAACACCUUCAUCCAUAGCAGUCCCGGCAGCAUUCAGCAUAUCUGCCGAGGGGGAGGGACCAAGGUGCCUCGCACUCGGGAUCGGUAUGACAGCAGACGGCGUUAUCGUGUCACCCUCUGCCGCAGUAGAGGUCGUUAUCCUAAUUGCAAUUAUCGUGGCCGGCGACAGAACCGGAGAGUUAGGGUGUCCUGUGUAAACAGGAUGCCUGUUCACCUCGCUGGACUCCGGUAGGCCGCAGCCGCCCACACGAUGCACCCGCAGGAAGCCAGAAACCGAAGGAAAUCCUGCAGCGGCCACGACCUAGCUCUGCUUCGCUUAAUGCUUUCUCAACAAUGGAUCUCUGGGGCAUUUCCAUAGAGCACAUUUAAACUCACUUAGCAGGUCUUCUUUCUCCCCCCGAGAAUCCCAGGACUUGUCGCUGUAUAGAAUGGAGCUUAUAGAUCGCUCAUGUAUAAAACGGAGCUUAAAGAAUGCUCAGUGCUGUCUUCAAAUG